AUGCUAGUUUCAUCAGAAACCAUGAAGCCACACCAAUUUUCAAACAAGACACACAACAACAAAUUGUACAUACCUCCCCUCGGCCUCGCUCUUGUGCUGCUAAUCUCAUUGGCCUCUCCCACAAGUUCCUGCACGGAGCAUGAGAAGACCUCCCUUCUCCAGUUCCUUGCUGGGCUGUCGAGUGACGGUGGCCUCGCUGCCUCAUGGCAGGAUGGCAUGGAUUGCUGCACGUGGAGAGGGAUCACCUGCAGGCAAGAUAGCAUGAUCACCAGUGUCAUGCUGGCUUCAGAAGGCCUAGAGGGGCACAUCUCGGAGUCCCUUGGAAACCUCACCGGGCUGCAGUACCUUAACCUCUCUCACAACUCGCUGUCUGGUGGUCUGCCACUGGAAUUGGUGUCGUCCAGCAGCAUCACCGUCCUUGAUGUCAGCUUUAACCAGCUCAAUGGAACACUCCACGAGCUGCCAUCUUCAACCCCUGCCCGGCCACUGCAGGUACUGAACAUCUCAAGCAACCUAUUUGCAGGACAGUUUCCAUCCGCCACUUGGAAAGCAAUGGAGAAUCUGAUAGCACUCAUUGCAAGUAAUAACAGCUUUACAGGGCAGAUGCCAACUCAUUUUUGUAACAGCUCACCAUCCUUCGUGGUGCUUGAUCUGUGUUUAAACAAAUUCAGUGGCAACAUUCCCCAACGGAUUGGUGAUUGCUCCAAGCUGAGAGACCUCAGGGCUGGGCACAACAACCUCAAUGGAACACUUCCAGAUGAACUUUUCAAUGCAACCUCGUUGGAAUACCUGUCCUUUUGUAAUAAUCAUUUAAAUGGAGUUAUUGAUGGUGCGCACAUAACCAAGCUCAGAAAUCUAGCAACACUUGAUCUUGGAGGGAACAACUUCAGUGGCGAGAUUCCAGAUUCCAUAGGCCAGCUCAAGAAAUUGGAGGAGUUCCAUUUGGACAACAACAAAUUGUCAGGGGAGCUGCCAUCAGCUCUAAGCAACUGCAUGAAUCUCGUAGUGAUUGACCUCAAGAAUAACAAUUUCAGUGGACAGCUCGCCAGGGUCAAUUUCUCCAACCUUCCCACUCUGAAAACAUUAGACCUUAUGAACAACAACUUCACUGGCACAGUUCCAGAAAGCAUUUACUCUUGCAGCAAUCUGAUUGCACUGCGGCUAGAUGGCAACAAGUUACAUGGGCAGCUUUCACCACAAAUAAGCAAUCUGAAGUCCCUCUCCUUCCUAUCACUUGGUAAAAACAAUUUCACAAACAUCACAAAUACGCUUCAGAUCCUUAAGAGCUGCAGGAACAUUACCAGUCUGCUUAUCGAUGAUAACUUCAAGGGAGAGCUCAUGCCAGAGGAUGACAGCAUUGAUGGCUUUGAAAAUCUCCAGGUUUUAGACAUGAAAAAUUGCCAGUUGUCGGGAGAAAUACCUCUAUGGAUAUUAAGGCUCACGAAUUUGGAGAUGUUAGUUUUAAAUAGCAAUCAACUCACUGGGCCAAUACCUAGCUGGAUCAACUCCCUGAGAUUUCUCUUCUUUAUGGAUGUGUCAAAUAACAAUCUUAUAGGAGAAAUUCCAUUAACCUUGAUGGAGAUGCCAAGGCUAAAAUCAAUUGGAAACGCGACUCAUCUGGACCCGAGGCUUUUUGAGCUGCCUCUUUAUAAAGGUCCAUCACUUCAAUACCGUGUGGUUACAUCUUUCCCAAACACGUUGAAUCUAAGCAACAACAACUUCACAGGUGUGAUUCCCCCACAGAUUGGUCAGUUGGAAGUGCUUGGUGUAGUUGAUUUCAGUUUUAACAAGUUAUCCGGGCAGAUCCCACAAGCGAUUUGCAGCCUCACAAACUUGCAGGUGCUAGACUUGUCCAACAACAAUCUCACAGGUGAUAUUCCAGCUGCAUUGAAUAGCCUGCACUUCCUUUCAGCAUUCAACAUUUCGAACAAUGACCUACAAGGGCCUAUUCCUUCUGGAGGCCAGUUUGAUACAUUUCAGAAUUCUAGUUUCGAUGGGAACCCAAAGCUGUGUGGCUCUGUUCUCACUCAAAAAUGCAAUUCAUAUUCAGCAGAAGAACAUCACAUUCUGUCAGCAAAACAAACUGACUACAAGGUGGCCUUUGUGACUGCCUUCAGUGCAUUCUUUGGAGUAGGGGUUCUGUAUGAUCAGUUAGUCUUGUCAAGGUAUUUCGUCAAGUCCUAUUUCGCUUAA